ACUUCCGGGGUGGUGGGGCUGGGGCGCUGGGGAGGCAGCGGCCGCGAUGGAGGCGGAGGGGCAGGACUGGCGCAGCGCCGCCUUCCGGCAGAAGCUGGUCAGCCAGAUCGAUGACGUGAUGAGGAAAGCCGGCGUGGCCCACAGUAAGUCGAGCAAGGACAUGGAGAGUCACGUGUUCCUGAAGGCCAAGAACCGGGAGGAAUACCUUUCUCUGGUGGCCCGGAUCAUCAUCCAUUUCCGAGACAUCCAUUACGAGAAGUCUCAAGCUUCAGUUGCCGCCCAACUUCAGCCGCAGGAGGUGACAUCGCAGCAGCUGCAGGCCGCCCAACAGCAACACUUCAUAAAUCCGCACCGUCUGAACCAACACCAGAACCGCACGCCCUCCGACGUGGUGACGGGCUCAGGGGUCGGUCCAGCUCCGUCCAGCCCGUGGCCAACUGGGAAGGAUUCCGUUCUCCAGAAGGCCCUGCACCGGUCUUUUCGUCUUCACCUCCGCGGGAGUCCCACGGUGGCCUGCACAGCUUCUGGGAUCAGAGGGCUAGUUGGCCGAGGAGUAAGUAGGCGCGGAGCGGGAGCGAGCGACACGGAGGCGGCGGGGCAGGACGACGACUGGCGCGGCGCUGUCUUCCGGCAGAAGCUGCUCAGCCAGAUCGAUGACGCGGUGAGGAAAGCCGGCGUGCCCCUCAAUAAGUCGAGCGAGGACAUGGAGAGUUACGUGUUCCUGAAGGCCAAAACCCGGGAGGAAUACCUUUCUCUGGUGGCCCGGCUCAUCAUCCAUUUCCGAAACAUCUAUAUCAAGAAGUGUCAAGCUUCAGGUGCAGAUCCCGUGAACGCGCAGCAGAACCUAACGGACCCCCCUCCCGCAGGAGCCGCUGGGUUUGGCGUGGUGACACGUAGUCCGGGACAACCUCUAGGUGAGCCCGGAGAGCUUGUUGGCGUGCACCAAGCGACGACCCCGUCGGGGCAGCCGUCCCCAGGUACCUCUGGAAUGGCCCCUCGGGGCCUGGCUGUUGUCUCAGCCACCACCCAGCAAACCCAGUUGCAGCAGGUGACUUCGCAACUGCAGCAGGUAUCUCUGCAGCAGCAGCAAUUCCAGGCCCAGAAUGCCAUUCAGCAGCAGUUUCCGGUGGAGGCGGCAGGAGCCGUGGCCGCCCAGCAGCCACAGCAGGACCUUGGGAAGCUGCUCCCUCAGAACCAACAACAGAUGCAGCAGCAGGAGCAGUGAAUUUGCUCAGUUUCAGCAGCAGCAGCCGCCCCCGCCCUCCCAAGCUCUGCAGCAACAGUCUAUAUAGCAGUCCGCUCAAGGCCAGCAGCCUCAACUUCCCCCCCGACCCCCACCCCAAUCCCAGCCCCAGCCAUUUUUCACUCCGACUCAAGCCAUCCCCAAGCAGAUACUGUUCACCAAACCCGAUUCAAGCCAUGCAAGUGAGUGGCCCCCAAAAUCUAGGGGCUUUAGAGGUCGCCGCCUUUCCAAGAGGGAGAUGUGAGAGAGUAAUUGUAGGACGAGGUGAGGGUGAUGGCUUUAGAGCCAUCAGGAUCCGUCGUCUGGUCGGUUGGUUUUUUUGUGGGAGGAGGAGGGGAAUUGCUGUGCCGGUAGCCACUCCCCUGCCUCCUUCCCUCCAGCGAGCAGGAGCCAUCCUAGCUGACAGGUCGUGCUGAACACCCCCAGUGGGCCAGGACAGAUGAGGAUGGGCCAGGGCCGGUGGGAAGGGGGCAUAGUUUUGGCCAACUCAGCCUCCCCCCGGCCUGUAGCGCAAGAGAACCAGAACUCGAGAGUUCCGCCUGCUCAGCGGCAUGAGGUGACAACUCGGGCUUGGGGCCUUUCCCCGGCAAAUUAGAUGGGGAUUUUUCUGAGUUAUCUGUUAAACACUUACUAUGUAUCAGACACUCUUUUAUACGCUGUGGUAGGUACAGAUUAAUUAGGCCAGAAACAGUCCCUGCCCCAUAUGGGGCACAGUCUAAAUUGGAGGGUAACAGGUAUUUAAUACCCAUUUUACAAUCAAGGAAACUGAGACACAGAACUGAAGUGCCUUGCCCAAGGUCAGACAGCAAGCAGUUGGCAGAUCCGGGAUUAGAACCCAGGUCUUCUGACUCCCGGGCCUGGGCUCUAACUCCUAGGCCACACUGCUUCUCGAGCUCCCGUUCCUUCUUCCUUCCAGCCUCAAGGUCAGAGCUCAGCUAGCGCAGCAGCUUUUAUUACCCGUAACCCUCCCGUGCGUGCGUCCGUUUCCAACCCUCCAGUCCACGAGCUCACAAGUUACCCGGUGGCUGGUUCCACCUGGUGACAUAAAUCUGGGGUCAGAAGUAGGUUUGGAGGCAACUGGAGUGGAUUGCCUAACUCCUUUCCUAAAAGUCCAGGGGUGGGACUCCUUUAGGUGGGAUGCCAACUGGGUUAACCGACACUGGAACGACUCAGCUGGCUUGGUGGUGAAGUUGACCACCUGGCGGAAAGCACCUCCGGAAAGAAGGAAAAGACAGUAGUGGCCCCAUAAGUGAAUUCCUCCCCAGUUGGAAGCGACCACAGGACGGGAUUAGCGUAUUCCCCCCGAAAAGAAAGUUCAGUUCGCCUCGCAGAAUAAAUCUUACAUGGCUCAGUC